AACAAGGCCACCCAGUGAGCCGCCGCGUGUGUGGGGACAGACCCGGCACCUGCUGCGAGGGUGCUCAGAAGUGACCUCCGAAGCAGGGAGGGCCAUGAACACCUCCAGUGAGACCCUGGUGACAGAAUUCAUCUUGCUGGGGUUCCCAGAACUGUGCCACCUUCAAGGGCUGCUUUUUGGGUCAUUCCUCACCAUCUACGUGGUCACCGUCCUGGAGAACCUGGUCAUUGUGGUGACCAUCGGAGCCAGCCAUCAACUGCACACGCCCAUGUAUUUCUUCCUGGCCAACCUGUCAGUGCUGGAGACCCUCUACACCUCAGUCACUGUCCCCAAGCUGCUGGCUGUCCUCCUGGCACAGGCAAGGACCAUCUCCUUCUCGGGAUGCCUGACCCAGCUGUUUCUCUUCCUCUCGCUCGGCUCCUCCGAGUGUUUCCUCCUGGCCUCCAUGGCCUGUGACCGCUACCUAGCCAUCUGUCACCCACUGCACUACCCAGCCACCAUGACCUGGAGGCUCUGCCUAUGCCUGGCCCUCAGUGCCUGGCUGGGUGGCUCCCUGGCCUCCUUCGUGUCCAUAGCUCUCAUCUCCCGCCUCAGGUUCUGUGGCCUCAAUGUCCUCAACCACUUCUUCUGUGACAUCUCACCCCUGCUGCAGCUCUCCUGCUCUGACACUACUGCCAUUGAAGUUUUGGACUUUGUGGCAGCCCUGGCUGUGCUCGCAACCUCCCUGCUGGUGACCACAGUCUCCUACGCACACAUCCUGGCCACAGUGCUGAGGAUCCCGGGAUGGGCUGGCCGCCGGAAGGCCUUCUCCACCUGCACCUCCCACCUGGUGGUGGUGGCCACCUUCUAUACCACCACCAUCUUCAUGUAUGCCCGGCCUCACGCUGCCACCUCCUUUGACCUCAACAAGCUGGUGUCCGUGGUCUACUCAGUUGUGACUCCACUGCUCAAUCCCAUCAUCUACUGCCUUCGGAAUCGUGACAUCAGGGAGGCUCUGGCCAAACUCCUCCGAGCCCCUGGCCCCUCCUGA